AUUUCGACGAAGAACCUAACCUGCAGUCAGCUCCGGUCUAAACAUCAAAGAUGGCGGAACUGGAAAUAAAACGUCUGGAGUAUUUAUCCUUGGUGUCCAAAGUAUGUACGGAGUUAGAGAAUCAUCUCGGAAUCAGCGAGAAGGAUCUUGCGGAAUUUAUCAUCAACCUCGCUGAGAAACACACGACAUUUGACAGCUUUAAAGCGGUUCUUCUGAAGAAUGGAGCUGAUUUUGCAGAUACCCUCAUUGGUAACCUACUCAGGCUCAUCCAAACCAUGCAAGCCCCCCCAUCUACAAGCAGAGGGUCCGAGGCCAAACCAAAGAGUGAUAAGGACAAGCUGAAGGACGUGUUCCCUGCUCUCUGCAAGCCAGACGACCCCAUGUGGAAGGUUGCCCCUCCACAGCGGGAGAAGGACGAUGAGAGUGUGGCGGCAGCGGCUAUGAAGGAGCUGGAGAUGCUGAUGCCCAGCGCAGCCACAAGCAGCAGCAGCAGCACCAGCAGCAAGAAGAAGAACAGGUGGGACCAGGAGCCGCCCGGGCACGCCAGGCGAGAGCGGGAAGCGGGCCGAGGUAACGGGCGCCCUCGCUCCCGGUCCCGCUCCCGGUCCCGCUCCCGGUCCCGGUCCAGGGAGCGGGACGGCGGCGGCGGUUUCAAGCGCCAUGGGAAGCGGGCGUCCCGCUGGAGCAACCGCAGCCCCAGCCCGCGCCGCGACCGCACCCCUAGCCCGCGCCGCGAGGCCGAGGGGGACCACGGGAAGGAACCGGAGGAACGGGACCCGAACCGCUUCAACGAUCAGAUCGUGGACCGCCCCCCGCCAGACGAGCCGGUGGUGGGGGACAUCUACAACGGGAAGAUCAGCAGCAUCAUGCAGUUCGGCUGCUUCGUCCAGCUGGAGGGGCUGAGGAAGCGUUGGGAAGGCCUGGUGCACAUCUCAGAGCUCCGUAAAGAAGGGCGCAUCGCAAACAUGUCCGACGUGGUCACCAAGGGGCAGAAGGUGAAGGUCAAAGUGCUGUCGUUCACCGGCACCAAGGCCAGUCUCAGCAUGAAGGACGUGGACCAGCACACGGGAGAGGACCUGAACCCCAACAGGAGGAGGAACAUGGACCUGGGGCCGGCGGACGAGGCCAUGAGGAACCCGGACCGGCCCGUGGACCCCAGCGUUCUGGAGCUGGAGGAGAACCCCACGGAGCGCAAGAGGCUGUCCAAGAUCACCGACCUGGAGAAGUGGGAGAUCAAGCAGAUGAUCGCGGCUAACGUGCUUCCAAAAGAGGAGUUCCCCGAAUUCGACGAGGAGACGGGAAUCAUGCCCAACAUUAACGACGAAGAGGAUGAAGACCUGGAUGUGGAUCUGGUGGAGGAAGAGCCUCCGUUCCUGCGUGGACAGACCAAGUGGACCAUGAACCUGAGUCCUGUUAAAAUCGUUAAGAACCCGGACGGCUCCCUGUCCCAGGCGGCCAUGAUGCAGAGCGCCCUGGCCAAGGAGAGGCGGGAGCUGAAGCAACAGGUCCGGAACGUGGAGAUGGACUCCAUCCCCACGGGCCUCAACAAGAACUGGAUCGACCCCAUGCCCGACUACGAGGGGCGGCAGAUCGCGGCCAACAUGCGGGGGAUCGGGGCCAUGCCGGUGGAUCUCCCCGAGUGGAAGCGCUACGCCUUCGGGGGGAACCAGAUGUCCUACGGCAAGAAGACGGAGCUCACCAUCCUGGAGCAGAGAGCCAGCCUUCCCAUCUACAAGCUGAAGGAGGAGCUAGUCCAGGCCGUCCACGACAACCAGAUCCUGAUCGUGGUCGGGGAGACGGGGUCCGGGAAGACCACCCAGAUCACCCAGUACCUGGCGGAGGCGGGCUACACCGCCCGGGGCAAGAUCGGCUGCACCCAGCCCCGUCGAGUGGCCGCCAUGUCUGUGGCCAAGAGGGUGUCUGAGGAGUACGGUUGCUGUCUGGGCCAGGAGGUGGGCUACACCAUCCGCUUCGAGGACUGCACCAGCCCGGAGACGGUCAUCAAGUACAUGACCCACGGCAUGCUGCAGAGGGAGUGCCUGCUGGACCCCGACAUGACCCUGUACUCCCUCAUCAUGCUGGACGAGGCCCACGAGAGGACCAUCCACACCGACACGCUGUUCGGCCUGCUCAAGAAGACGAUCCUGAAGCGCAAAGACCUGAAGCUCAUCGUGUCGUCGGCCACGCUGGACGCGGUCAAGUUCUCCCAAUACUUCUUCGAGGCUCCCAUCUUCACCAUCCCCGGGAGGACCUUCCCCGUGGAGGUCCUGUACUGCAAGGAGCCCGAGACGGACUACCUGGACGCCGCCCUCAUCACCGUCAUGCAGAUCCACCUCACAGAGCCCCCAGGGGACGUCCUGGUGUUCCUCACGGGUCAGGAGGAGAUCGACACGGCGUGUGAGAUCCUGUACGAGAGGAUGAAGUCCCUGGGGCCGGACGUCCCGGAGCUCAUCAUCCUGCCCGUGUACUCGGCCCUGCCCAGCGAGAUGCAGACCCGCAUCUUCGACCCGGCGCCCCCGGGCAGCAGAAAGGUGAUCAUCGCCACCAACAUCGCGGAGACGUCCCUCACCAUCGACGGGGUCUACUACGUGGUGGACCCCGGCUUCGUCAAGCAGAUCGUCUACAACUCCAAGACGGGCAUCGACCAGCUGGUGGUCACGCCCAUCUCACAGGCCCAGGCCAAGCAGCGUUCCGGCCGUGCCGGCAGGACGGGUCCAGGGAAGUGCUACAGACUGUACACCGAGAGGGCCUACAGAGACGAGAUGUUGACCACCAACGUUCCCGAGAUCCAGAGGACCAACCUGGCCAGCACCGUGCUGUCCCUCAAGGCCAUGGGGAUCAACGACCUGCUGGCCUUCGACUUCAUGGACUCGCCCCCCAUGGAGACAAUGAUCAUGGCCAUGGAGCAGCUGUACACCCUGGGGGCUCUGGACGAUGAAGGCCUGCUCACCAGGCUGGGCCGACGGAUGGCUGAGUUCCCUCUAGAGCCCAUGCAGUGUAAGAUGCUCAUCAUGUCCGUCCACCUCGGCUGCAGUGAGGAGAUGCUCACCAUCGUCUCCAUGCUGUCCGUCCAGAACAUCUUCUACAGACCCAAGGACAAGCAGCCGCAGGCCGACCAGAAGAAAGCCAAGUUCUUCCAGCUGGAGGGGGACCACCUCACGCUGCUGGCCGUCUACAACUCCUGGAAGAACAACAAGUUCGCCAACCCCUGGUGCUUCGAGAACUUCAUCCAGGCGCGCUCCUUGAAGCGAGCGCAGGACAUCCGCAAGCAGAUGCUCAGCAUCAUGGACAGACACAAGCUGGACGUGGUGUCGUGCGGGAAGGCCAUGAUGCGCGUGCAGAAGGCCAUCUGCAGCGGGUACUUCCGGAACGCCGCCCGGAAGCACCCGCAGGAGGGCUACCGCACGCUGAUCGACCAGCAGGUGGUCUACCUGCACCCCUCCAGCACGCUGUUCAACCGACAGCCCGAGUGGCUGGUGUACCACGAGCUGGUGCUGACCACCAAGGAGUACAUGAGGGAGGUAACCACCAUCGACCCGCGCUGGCUGGUGGAGUUCGCCCCGGCCUUCUACCGCGUGGGCGACCCCACGCGCCUCAGCAAGCAGAAGAAGCAGCAGCGCCUGGAGCCUCUCUACAACCGAUACGAGGAGCCCAACGCCUGGAGGAUCUCCAGGGCCUUCAGGAGGCGCUGAGGAGCCCAACGCCUGGAGGAUCUCCAAACAGCCUGGAGGAUCUCCAAACAGCCUGGAGGUCUGAGUUGACCCAGGCCUGGAGGACCUCCAGAACUCCUGGAAGAUCUACCGGGCCUUCAGGAGGAGCUGAAGAGCCCAAUGCCUGGAGGAUCUCCAACCGCUUGGAGGACCUGCAGACCUGGAGGUUUGAGGAGCCCGACGCCUGGAAGAUCUCCAGACCUGAGACCCAGGCCUGGGGGAUCUGCUCCUGUUCUGUUUAUUUAUUGUAUAUAAUUCAGACCCUGUCUGAUAGUAAAGACGCUCUGUUCCAUCUUGGGUCGUGUUGCCUUGGUCGAGCUCCUAGCUUAGAUCUGCUAUGAGAAGUCCACUCAGAUUUUAAAUCUCCCAGUGUUUAUCCUUCAAAAUGAAACAUAUACGAUUUUUUUCUACUUUUUGUAUAUUUAAUCUGUUAACGUGUGAAUUGAUUGUUUGAACAGUGACUUGUUGUCCUGGUGGUUGGAGGAUGAAAUACACACUUCCACACUUGAA